AGUUGCGAAGUAUUAGUUGUAUGUUACAUUAUAUCAGUUCUGUAUAUGUAUGAAAUAUCGUGUUUAUCACCACAACGACUCUCUAAUUGCCAGCUUCUUUUCAAAAGUUUUUUCCCUCCCUCUGCUGUUAAGGUUUUGUGGGCAGUGCUACCAGUCCCUUCACAGCAACGCCCCCGCGCGCACAGCACGAGAGUGUCUACUACGAGAGUGGUGCGGUCUGGUGUUCAGUUGAUAUGAACUUGGUAUACUGUUUGUACGCUUAGAGGAUCUAUUGAAUCCAUUAAUCCAUUUAGGUACUUUAAAUGGAAUUCUUGUGAGGGAAAAAAGAUGGAAAAGUCGGGCGCAUGCGAUCCAUACGGCAGACCCGCGCGCAGGACACAAUGGAUAGUGAGCACUCUGGCUUAUCAUUACGGGCUAGACCGUGGAGUGGAAAACGAAAUUAUAGUCCUCGCAACCGGGCUGGAUCAAUACCUCCAAGAGAUAUUUCAUCACCUGGACUGUCAGGGAGAUGAAAAAAUACCAGCCGAGGAUUUUAACAUUCUUUGCGAGAUUUUAGGACUCAAUAAAGAGUGUGAUCUGGAGGAGUGCACGGGGAUUUUGGAUAAUCUACCCAAAGAGUUCAAUUUCAGGCAGUUUCACGCAAAACUGUGCGGCUAUUUCAGUACCAAAGCUGGAUGCCAGUAUGAGAAUUGGAGGUUGUUGGUUGGGAAGGAGAGCGAACAUAUAGAGACGCAGAUCAGACUCAGGAGCCCCUUGAGGCGGCGCGAGAAGGUGCUGUCUUUGGGUACCAGUAAAAAGCGAGAUAGAGGAGAGCCGCCUGCUUCUUCCACUGUGGAUAAACACGCGUCAGUUUGUAGGCAGCUGGGGUCCUGCACCAGGGAGUGCUAUGAGGAAAUCGUGGCCCUCGAGGAGGCUGAGGAUAGGAUAACAAAACUUGAGGAGGAAAAUGCGAGUCUCAGGGAGUUGGUGGAGGACAUGCGCGCGGCUCUUCAAAGCAGUGAUGCUCGAUCUCUGGCCUUACAGGUGGGCCUAUGGAAAAGCCACUCGAAACAUAAACCAGAGGGUGGCUGUUUCAUUGCCCACCAAAGGCAAACAGCCCAGAAACCUAACAUUUCUGGGAACCUGAAGGACGUCCAGAGUUUCUUGAGAGAAGUGGAGUACAUCCGGAGUUCCCGGGAUGGGCAGAUCGAGGAGGCCAUGCUCUUGAACCAGAAGCUGGAGCAGGAGCUGCGAGUAUCACAAGAGACAGUGCUGUUGCUGGAGGAUUGUAACAGGACUCUUAAAAAGGAGCAGGCUGAGGUGAGGAAAAGAGCGGAGGAAGCCAGGCAAGCUGUUCUCAGUGGCCUCAAGAAAGUGAAGGAGCUGGAGACCAAAGCCAGUCUUGUGCCUGUUCUGCAGAGGCACAUCGAGCAGCUAGAGAUGGAGCUUCUGUUCUGCAGAUCUGAAGUGUCUAAAGCAUCUGUUCCAUUCCUCAACAAACCAGACAGACGGUAUAAUGGGGUUAGUCAGACUGUGCCACGCUGUUACCUAGACACAGAGCAGGAUCGACGCUCGCCGACGGGACGUGCAGAGACUGUGCCUGACACUAUGGAGGAGCAGUUUUUCCGUUCAGUGGAGGGUCAGGCGGCUUCUGAUGAAGAGGAAGAAAGAUGGACCGGAGAGCAACAGAGACAAGUGGACGAGGUGAAGCGAAUCCUCACCAGACUGUCCUGCUGUGGAGACAGGUGUGAUGAGAAAGCAGCAAAGAAGCUGCUGUCUCAUUUCGGCGACUCUCGCACAGAGGAGAGUCAGACGGCUGUGCUAGAGCUGCUGGAUAGGGUCAUACGACUCAACAAAUUACUAGAACUGAAGGAGAGUCAGGCCAAGAGGGCAGAGAUGGACACUGACCAGAUGAGGCACGUCCUGGUCCAGGAGCUUCAACAGAAGGCCGAGGAGACGGAGCUGCUCCACCUGGAGCUGCAGAUGCUGGAGACGGAGCGGGUGCGUCUGUCUCUGGUGGAGGAGAAACUGAUGGAUGUGCUCCAGCUGCUGCAGCAGCUGCGUGAGCUGAAUGUCUCGAGGAGAUCUUUAGGAAAGAUUCUGCUCAGCACAUUGGAGUCCUGCAGUGAUCCUCAGCAUGGGAAAGCACAUAUCUUGGAGGUGCUCAAUGCUCUUUGUCAUGAGCUUGCUGCAUGUGAGAUCCUCUCUAAUGGCAAGAAGAUAGAGAGAACACAGAGUCACCAGUCUCUCACCAACUCCCAGCUCAUCUCCUGCUAGACAUUACUGCCACCUGAUGGUCGUAGGAUGCUACAGACCUUUACACACACUUUAAACUUGGAAAAGGGACCAAAAUUAGCCAUGUAUUUUGCUUUGUGUUUAUAUUUCUGUGUAUAGUUGUGUAAAUCAUUUAGCUCAUUAUCAUUUAUAAUGAAACAUGAUGUGACUAAUUUUAAAGCUACUUUUAAAAAUUUACCUUUUACAUACAAUGUUGGUCAGUAUUAGUUUAAAAUACAUGCACAUUAUACAACAGCCUUCAUUACAGCUUUGUCAUGUGCUACUGAACUGCCUGAUCAUACAGAAUCUCUCAGGUGUAGACGAUGUAAGGCUCAAUAUAUCAAGACUAAUUCAAGGGGGAAACAUCUAUAUUAGAUGCAGUAUAUUACAGAUGUUAUAUAAAUACCUUAAUAAAAUAAAGCUUUCUUCCAUCUCUUAAAUACAGACUUGGACAGCUGUUGAGAACUGAAUUUAUGCAUCUUUUAUUGUUUUAAAAUUGCAAUUGUGACUGUCAAAUGUCUUUUAGCACUUCUGGACAGUUUUGUUGUUCUUGAAGGAUAUCAACAGUGCUUAAUUCUAUCACUGAAAUGAAUUGUCUAGAAAUGAAAAACAACACAACAUAAUCAUUUCGUACAAUGAUUUAUACACACAGAUUUUUCAAACAUUUCAAACAUACCUAGACAUACAUAUUUCAGUUUUUUUCUUUUCUUUUUUUCAAAACAUCUACAAAGUCUUUCUGGUAUUUUAGCUUUAAAUAAAGCUGAAAUAAUUAACAAAUCUAUUGCAUAAAUCAAUAUAAAAAAAGGAUGAGAAAAAUCAUGCAAAGUAUGCAUCACAAUCCCUUCAUUAAGAGAUUUAACAGAAGGCAUACAGCUCGUAUGGUGACAAAGGAGAAAGAAAAAAACAAGAAUAAAGGAGAAUAUAUAUCCAUGUACUAUAAUUGUUGAACUUCUAAUCGUUUUGUCAUCUUAGAUGUUUUAAUUGUGCAAAAAAAGCAAUUUAUUCGCAUCUACUAAAGAUUAUGUGAGUCGGACUGCAGAAUACUCUCAGAUGCCAAAAGAUCUGAGGUUCUUUAGGCUCACAUGUGUA